AGCAGUGUCUCCUCCUCCGAAUCACCUGAGAAAUCCAUCUCCAGGGAGCAGGCACCAGAUUCUGCCUGCAGCAGACCUUGAAGAUGAAGGCUAUUGGUGUCCUGGCCCUGAUAGGCUGUGUGGUCACAGUCAUCGAAUCCAAAAUCUACUCUCGCUGUAAACUAGCAAAAAUAUUUUCAAGGGCUGGCCUGGACAAUUACCGGGGUUUUAGCCUUGGAAAUUGGAUCUGCAUGGCAUACUAUGAGAGUCACUACAACACCACGGCUCAGACGGUACUGGAAGAUGGAAGUAUUGACUAUGGCAUUUUUCAGAUAAACAGUUAUACAUGGUGCAGGACUGAAAAACAACAGCAGAAGAACCACUGUCAUGUUGCCUGCUCAGCCUUGAUCACUGAUGACCUCACGGAUGCAAUUAUCUGUGCCAAGAAAAUUGUGAAAGAAACAGAAGGAAUGAACUAUUGGCAAGGCUGGAAGAAAUACUGUGAGGGCAGAGACCUCAGCGAGUGGAAAAAGGGAUGUGACGUUUCAUAA